AUGAAUGCCGCGGGUCUUAAUUUACUAAAAUUUGAUCACGUAAAAAAUUCCAGAAAAUCUCCGGAAAUACAGCGAAACGAAUGUGGGAGACCUUUAUGGCAUUUUGGAUUAUAUUUAUAUGUUAUUAGUCAACUUGUAGGAAGUACUGUUGCAUUGAAUUUCCUUAAAGCCCAAUGGGUAGCACCUCUUGGCUCGAUAUCACUUAUCUUUAAUUUCAUAUUUGCACGAAUGUUUGUGGGGACACGAAUUACGAGGAAAGACAUUAUUGGAACUUUUGUUGUUAUAAUUAGUGUAAUAUGGAUCGUAAUAUUUGGUGGAAUGAAUACAGAUGAAGACGAUGAAAAUCUUACUUUGGAAAAGCUAAAGUCAUUGAUGACGCGCCCACUUUUUAUUUUAUAUUUUUCAUUCCUUGACAUUUUGACAUUUGGAUCAUUUUGGAUUGCUCUAUAUUGUUAUUGGAUCCUCAAAAAUGAAAAUAGAAAGAUGAGAAAUAAAAUUUUCAAAGGAAUUGAUUCAUCCAGAUUAAAAAAAAUGGUAGGAAUGACCAUGGCAGGAGUUGGAGGGUUAAUUGCAAGUCAAACAUUACUUUUGGCAAAAAGCGGUGUCAAGCUUUUUUAUAUAUCAAUCACUGUUUCUAAUCAAUUUACCGAUAUGUUAAGUUGGUUUAUUCUUGUUUUUCUUGGGGUAACAGCUGUGCUUCAGGUAUAUUGUCUUAAUACCGCCUUAAAGUUGCACGAUUCUGUAUUAGUUGUUCCUAUGUUUUAUGGAUUUUAUACUGCUAUGGGUCUUGUAAACUCUAUAAUUUAUUUAAAUGAAAUAGGAUCUUAUCCUGGUUGGGCUCUUAUAUUAGUAACAUUGGGAAUUGGAACAUUAGUAUAUGGUGUUUGUAUGUUAAGUGCAGCGAAGGAAGAUCUUACAAUAAUAACAGAUGAAUUUGACUUUGAUGAUAACAAUAUGCUUGGAAUUGGUGGAUGGGAUACUGUUAGUACUGGAGGUGCAAGUAGUACUAUAGGUUCUGAAAUAGGAAUAUUAUAUAAACAAAAUUCCAAUAAUACGGAAAGUCGAUUUGGAGACGGAAGAAUAUUUUCAUUUUCAAAUAAAUUUAGUGGAAGCUUAAAACCUGGAUUUUUUAAGAUGACUAGAUUGAAAAGUAAAAGUAACAAAUUAGAAUUUCGAGAUGACAUAAAAGAAUCUCAAAAUUUAAGUUUAGAAAAUUCAUCAACGCCUCAUAUUAUAAUUGAUCAGGAUGAAUUUUCAGAUGAUGAAUUCAUAACACAAACAAUGGUUCCAAUUAGUUCACCACCGGAAGCCGCAACAACAAAUGAUUUAUUAUUGUUUUCACCAAGAUUGCCUCAACAGGAUGCAAAUAAGAAGGUUGAAAAGAAAGAUUCAUCUUCAUUAAUACCAAAAAAUCAAAACUUGGAUAAAACAUAUGAAGAUGAAGUGGAAUCAGUAACAUACGCAAGAAGUUAUUAUAAUUUAUUACAAACGAAUGAGAAAUUAAUCGGGAAAUGA